AGGUAGAAAUAGAGGCUGUGCUUAGUUCUCAUUUCUUUACAAAAUAUCAUGUUUUUUUAAGUAAGUGUAGCAUUAAACAAAAACAAAAAUGGAAGGUGAACAUGGAAAGAAGAUGAAAAUACUCUGCCUCCAUGGAUUCAGAACCAGUGGCAGUUUUAUUAAAAAGCAAAUCAGCAAAUGGGAUCCUUCUAUAUUCUCUCAAUUUCAUAUGGAAUUCCCAGAUGGCAAAUUUCCUGCUGGAGGGAAGUCUGACAUAGAAGGCAUCUUUCCUCCACCUUACUUUGAGUGGUUUCAAUUCGACAAAGAUUUCACCAAGUACACUAAUUUGGAAGAAUGCAUCUCAUACUUGACUGAAUAUAUCAUAGCCAAUGGUCCUUUUGAUGGCUUCCUUGGUUUCUCUCAGGGUGCAACACUUUCAGCACUUUUAAUAGGUUAUCAAGCACAAGGAAAAUUGCUAAAGGAGCAUCCACCCAUAAAGUUUUUGGUAUCAAUAUCUGGAUCCAAAUUUAGAGAUCCUAGCAUAUGUGAUGUUGCUUACAAGGAACCCAUCAAAGCAAAAUCUGUUCAUUUUAUUGGUGAGAAAGAUUGGUUGAAAAUUCCUUCUGAGGAGCUUGCCUCAGCAUUUCACAAACCACUUAUAAUAAGGCAUCCCCAGGGUCACACUGUCCCAAGAUUAGAUGAAGUGGCUACAGGUCAGUUGCAAAAUUGGGUUGCAGAAAUCAUAAGCCAACCAAAAGUUGGUGUCUCAAUCUGUGAGGAUGAAAACAAGGUAGAAGUUGAUAGUACCAAUCAUGACAAAGGUGUAAACGGGGUGGAAAUAAACAAGGGAAAUGCUGAGACCGUAGAGGUGGCAUAGCAUAAGCCUGAUAUCAAGAUCUUAUCUUAUAGAGAAGCCACCUGAAUUUGAUGCAAAAUAAUUGUGAUUCUUCACGUAGUUUUUAGAAUUAUCCAGCACUAAAAUAAAGUUGGAUGAAUUUAUCUGGAAUCAUGAAUGAUUUACUUGAAUUGAAUACUACAAUUUCUCAUAUAUUUACAGCUAGUACCACAAUAUACAAUAGAGAAUAUUAAUGUGGUCCUUGAAUUAUUGCCCCUAUUGAUUCUGACCCUUGUGCAAAAAUAUGGGAUCAAGAUUCACUUUUGUGUUGCUGAAGGGUUGCAAGCAUUGAGAUGUACGUUUGCAUAUUUGAUAAUCUAUCAUGAGCUUUGUUGAAAUUAUCUUGUUUAUUUGUAUUUAUAUUUAUAGUUAUAUCAAGAGUUUUUGGUUUUUGUAAUUUAGGAGAGUUUAUCUUUUUAGCCAGAGGUUGUUCGUUUUGAUCCACCUGUAUCUGUUAUUGAAUUGAAUAAGUUACACAACAAUUAUAGAUAUUACUGGAUUAUUAUUGUAUAAUAAGGAUUGAAGAUAGUAGAGACUUGGUGAUUA